AUGCUGGAGGGUGGUGUGCUGGACAACGCGGCAAGCAGUCAAGAGUUGAUGCCCUUCGAAGGACAAGGAGAGUACGCAUUGAAAGAUAGAUGUCUGGAUCCGAAGGAAUAGUGCAACACUUCGUCAUGCAGUUUUUUCAUGAUAGAUCAUGCUUCAAUGCAUCAGAGUUUCUCCUGCUCUGGAAGGCAAGCCAAAACAUCACAGGUUUUAUUUCACAUGCUUUCCGAUGCUUAUGCUAGCUUAUCAACUCCGCAUGACAAUAAAUCCUCUGCAUGGGAAGUGACAAUCUAGUGGAAAGACUCCUUAUUUUGCUGAUCAUGCAAGAGAGAUUUUUCUGUUCACCUUGACUACCAUGACAAGCUUGCACCAUCCUUUCCCAGAGCGGCCAGACACAUUUUCAACGCAUAGCAAAGGUGGAAACUACGAAAACAACCAGAACUCUCUGAUGAACACUCCAUACGGAAGGAAAAAACCAAAAGCCCCGACGUCUCGGAGCCUGGCGUCGCAGCGCAAGAAGAAAAGCAAAAGCCGGAGCAAAAAAAACAAUCGCGGCGGAAAAGAUAAAGACAAACCCACACGCAGCCCGUCUAGUACUUCUCCUUCCUCACAUACAACCACCGUCGACAAGUACGAGCUUUACCACAAGAUGCGAGCGCAGUAUCUGGCGGCAGACGAUGGGGAAGAUGGGGAUUACACGGGCCGCAGCUACAGCAGAAGAACGAACACCCGAAAGCGGGCUUUCUAGGCGUUGCAAAAGUAAUAUCGCACUAGGUCUAGGACUGCAGAUUGCAUCACAAAUUUUCAUCUCACGAGGAAAAAUGGAAUUUGUCAUGCAGAUUCAGGUGGUAAAGAAAAGUCUGUCAUGCGUGACUGCGAUGAGUUCGAGUGCGAUAUUUUUUGCAGUGGAUUCCUGUUCCCAUUUCAAAAUUUCCACCGAGGAUCUGCGAAACUGGUUUGCCGGACCUUCUGCUGGUCGUGGAGGCAAGUUGGGUAUCCUGCGUGAAAGCGUCCCCACCUCUCGAUUAUACAUGGCGUGCGUAUUUGCAUACUCAGACUGUGAUGUGGUCUCAUGCGAAGGAGCAGCCCAAUGGUGACUGUGACUUCGUCAUGCUGGUCUAAUUAGGAUAGGGCUCCUUUAGAAGAUGUGUGAACAAGAUCAUGUGACUUCACAAGCCGACCUCGAUUGCACUACAACAGACUCAAACUUGAUAUGCGCGACAGCCGAACCGUGUGCAUCGAUCUGUGUAUAUAGAACUAUCACUCUCUUGAGUUGUUCGGGUUGGGUACGUUUUUACGCAGCAAACUGGGGAACAAGAACGCGGACUUUUCCACUGUCUGGAGCACAACCCUGUGGACGACGCAGGGUUUUAUCUUCCUCGCAACCGUCCUCGUGCUACUGUUUCUCUUUUUCCGGAACAAAACCGCAAACAAUACGAAACCCGUGACGGCGUCGCGCAGCGGUGAGCCCCCGGGAUUCAAGAACAAGUCGGGUCCUGCGAAGAUCAGUUUCAGUAGUAUCAGCAGUGAACAACAACAGGACCUACACCUCGACCCGGGGCAGCGAAGGGACCAGUACCAGGACCGUGGAAGCAGCAAUAAUCGCGGCCACAGGGCGUCGGAACAGCGUACAACGAUGGCCAGCCGCACCCAUUUCAAUUUCUCCACGACGAAGAACACGACGCUAUGGAUUGCAAAUAUGUCUGGGUCUGGAAAAAGUGAACUUGUGAUGUUGGCCUUACAUUGCAAGAAAAUCUGUCUUGCAUGACUAACAAACGCACAGCGUUCUUUGUGAUGCAAAAACGCAGUUUGUCAUGCGCACUACGUAUGAGACAGCUUUGCGAGAACUUGUCAUGCUUUGCUGCAUUCGAAAGCGUUUCAGCCAUCCAGAUUUUAGCAUCACAAGUUUCCAGACCCAGACACUUUUGCAUUUGAUAGACGCAGGCCGCGCGCAAAAACAGCAUCGCGAUGCAAGAGCCAGUGGAGCAGGGAAACCACCGGAAGAGCGGGAGGUUUCUGGAGGAAGGGAGAGCCGGUGGUGGAACGUGUAAGUAAAGACCGUUCUGGAAUCAUCAAUGCGGGAGAAGAACCACAGGAAAGAAAACCAUCGCAACGAAUAAUUUGAGGAUGAUGAAGAUGAGGAGGCACAGGCAGCAGUAAAUUGGAAAUAAAAAUGAUUUUAGUACCUUCACCUUUCGUUUUAUCGACAAAAAAGCGCAUCAAGAUCAAGAACCGUAUCAACAAGUUCCACAAUCUUACUGAGUUCACAUCUACUUAUGUUCAGCUUCACUUUUUUACACCAAGAGUUUAAAAUUUAGCAAAGUUUACCGUUUCAAGAAACCAAGCAAAUGCACAGACUUCGCCUUCAGAUGUAUGAUUGUACAUGACCUGCUUCGGCUCCUGAAAAAUGUAAAUGAUCUGCUCUGCGCCGGCGGGGGAACGCGCAGUACACUACUAGAGUAGCUCCUUAUUGCGUUAGCGUUACAUAGGAUUUUCAGUUAAUUCUACGAGAAAACACAGCGCGAAUGCACGCGACGUUAAUCUUCGAAAAAAGAGGAUGUGAGAAUGGCCAGCGCCUGUCUCACUGCCUCAUGGGCGCUAGAGAUGAUGGGAGGAAACAAUUUGAAAAACAAAAAGUAGGAAAGAAAUACUGCAAGGAACACAAGGCGCUAGCACCAGUUUUAUUCUGUAUUCGACACAAUCGCGCAACCACAACUCUCAACUGUAUUCAAGAUUUUGCCUCGAUUUGUACCAGAAGUAGAGCAGGAGAUUAUAGAGCAGGAGGACCAGCAGAGCCGGUCUGCAGAGGACACAGCUGUGGCAAUUGUAAUUUCGAUGCGGCUCCUGCUGAAUAAAUGGAGCUGCUUUCCUUCG